AUGAUGGCCUUGUCGGCGAUUCUUCCUGGCCAGAUCCAGACAGAGUCAAGGAGCUCAAAGGCAUCCUAUGGGUCCUCGUCUACUUUGGAUCCUCAGGCUGGCCACAGUCUCCACGAGGUUCUCGACCUUGCGACAGUGAGGAACACGGAAGACGAGGAUGAGGCGCAGACGCCAGCCUUCCGUCGCCGCGACCGCCGCCAUCUACGAGAGCUGCGCCUCAAGGAUUUCCUGAAGGCGAACGGCUUCAGGGAUGUAAGCGACCCGCGCCAGGGCGGGUGUUUCUCCUUCAAGGAAAGGCUCUGGCCCCUGCAUGUUGCUGCACGGCUUGGCGAUCACGAAAUGGUCCAGAUUCUUCUUGCCGCUGGGGCCGAUACCUCACAGAAGACCUCGAAGGGGCGGACGGCACUGGAGAUUGCAGAAGGAUCAGGCAACUGGACCACAGUUGAUGUGCUGCGCUUCAACACAAAGGUCAUGACAGCCAGUCAGUUCUCCAAGUAUUUCAUACUGUCUAAAAAUUCUUUAUGUUGUCCCGAGUGUCCCCCGCCAAAGGCUGCUUCAGGCUCAGGGCUGUCGAAGUCUGUUGCUUGGAACUGA